AGCCGCUGCGCCCCGCAGGUUGCAGAGCGGGUGGGAGCCGCUGCGGGCGCGGCACUGCAGCCCUGAGCCUGAUCUCGAACCCGAACCCCCAGCCCAGCCCCGUCCAUAGGCCCAGGAGGUUAGGAUCCAGCGGCUACCCGCCCAGCCCCGCCGAGGACGCCUCGACCCGCAGGCGCCCUCCAACCCACGCGCCACGAUGGUGUGCGGGGGCUUCUCGUGUUCCAAGAACUGCCUGUGCGCGCUCAACCUGCUGUACACCCUCGUCAGUCUGCUGCUCAUUGGGAUUGCUGCUUGGGGCAUUGGCUUUGGGCUGAUCUCCAGUCUCCGAGUGGUGGGCGUGGUCAUUGCUGUGGGCAUCUUCCUGUUCCUGAUUGCAUUGGUGGGACUGAUUGGCGCCGUAAAACAUCAUCAGGUGUUGCUGUUUUUUUAUAUGAUUAUUCUCCUGCUUGUGUUCAUUGUGCAGUUUUCGGUGUCUUGUGCUUGUCUAGCUCUGAAUCGGGACCAACAGGGUCAGCUGCUGGAGGUUGGCUGGAACAACACGGCAAGUGCUCGGAAUGAUCUCCAGAGGAACUUGAACUGCUGUGGCUUCCGAAGUUACAACCCCAAUGACACCUGCCCGGCUACCUGUGCUAAAGUUGGACAUAAGUGCUUACCAUGCUCCCCCAUAAUCGGAGCAUAUGCUGGAGAUGUUUUGAGAUUUGUUGGUGGCAUCGGCCUCUUCUUCAGUUUUACAGAGAUCCUGGGUGUUUGGCUGACCUACAGAUACAGAAACCAGAAAGACCCUCGCGCCAACCCGAGUGCUUUCCUCUGAGGAGAAAACAAGGAAAAGUUUUCCCAUGUUGAUCUUGCUCACUUUCCUCUCUCUUAAACUAAUUUGUUCAUUUGACAGAGGAAACAGUAUCUGAAAACUAUAUUAUCAACAGUGGAACUAAAUAUUUUCACUCUUACGUUUCUCUAAAUGUGUUUUGUUGAUGUUGCUGUAAAAGCAGUUGAAAUUCAUGGUGUUUCCUGAGCUUCAGUAGUCCGUGUGAUCUGCUGUUCUUGGUGUCUGGCACUGCCCACUGUGGCCUUUCUUAGCCUUUUUACCUGCUGUAAAACUGUAUGGUGCCCCGCUGGGGGAAUGAUAUUGUGACCCCGAAUCUCCAUCUCACCAGGAUGAUUGUACAGAGCUUGGGCUGUGGGGGCGGCUCCCAGUGAAGACCGUGGAAGUGUAUGAAGGCAGGAAGGAGGAGAGUCUGCUGUAUUCAGUUCAUUAGGGGAAAUCUGAGUUUUCUACACCUUUUUUCUUUUUAGGAAAGCUUCACUAUAGUAAAAAGUGUUAACAUAGAAGUAGUCAUUUAGUUCUAGUAGUCUGUCACGAUUAUACCUGUGUAUUCUAGAAAUAGCUGUGUCUUUAGGAAACUAAAGUUUGGUUUUUGACAUUUAUAGUCAAGGGCAAAGGAGGUGCCAUUUGGGAAAUGUUCUGGUGUGUAACAGUUAUCUUCAGUUUCGGAAUGGGAUGAGUUUGAGGAAGAUAGUGUAUAUCUACAUAAUCUGACAGUCUUUUUUUUUUUUUAAUAAUUUGAAGUUCAAAAUACUGUAUAUUGGUAAGCAACUUGCAAUCAAUAUGUGGCUUAUGUAACAAAAAGAUAUUUCAUCAUCUUAAAAAAUAACUUUAUUGAUAUUUCUUGGUAUUGUGACAGCAAGUUGUCAAAUCCAAACAUAUUUAAAUGUGCUGCCUCUCAUAAAUUGAGAGAGAAAUGCUGUUUGUGGCUCUGUAUGUUACAUUAAAAAUUAAAAGCUGGAAACCUU